AUGAACAGUCGACGUGAUUCCCGCUCGAAUUACUAUUGUACAUUGGAGGUAGACGACGCGUACGAUAUGUCAAGCUUCUUGCCCGAGACGGUCGUGCCCACAGGUCCAUUAACGAGAGAGUUGCGGUCGCUGUUUAAGUUCUUGACCCACCAAAAACGUGCCGUGGUGGCUGGGGACCGCGAGCUCAAUGAGCUGUUGCGAUUAAGCGAGAAGCAGAUGGAUGCAAAGAUCCGUGAGCUCGAGAAUUGGAACUUCCGUCUCAACCUCGACGAAGCCAAAGAAACGCAAGAUAGCAUCCGCCUCGGGAUCGUGGAACGCAACCUGCAGUAG